AUGUCAAAUCUAGAUCCAUGUCCAGGUCCAGUACCAAAUAUAGUCAGAGAGUACAAGAAAUCAAAGACCGAGAAGUUACCGCCCACCCUAAUUGCUAAGUACCUACUCCAAAUGCAAACACAGAAAUAG